AUGAUCGAAGUCAUUGUAUUUGAUGAUAAAAUAAAUGUUUGCAAUGGAAAAUUAAGAAGAGCCCUGCUUUAAGUUGGUCAAUUCUAUGAUUUCUUAAGUGGACACUUUAUUGAUUUAUAUUAAGUCUAGAAUAUAUCUAUUCCCUUAAUUAUUUUAAAUGAAGAUUUAGAAUAAAAUUUUAUAGAGUUAUUUUAAAUAAAUGCCCAAGACUUUGAUCUUUAAUAUCUUGCAUGUAUUUUUACACAAAUUUUGGAUUUCUAGAAUAGAAAAAUCAAAUAAUUCCAAGAAGAUGCUUUUGAUAUAUCUUAAGAGAAGAAUAGUUAAUAAAAAAGAUAGAACUAAAUCUAUUAAAAAGCAGAAAAAUCAUGCUUAUUAUAUAUGUCACUAAUAGAAAAAGAGUUUAUUGUUAAAAAAACAUCUAAAAGAUUUGAAAAAACGUUUGGAUUCAAUUCUGAAUUUAUUCAAGGAAAACAACUAAACACUUUAAUACCAAAUCUGCUCAAAAAGCAUCAUAAUUUAAUGAUUUAGUCAUUUAUCUCUGAAUAAUCUAUGGAUAUUAUUAAUUUAGGUGAGAGAAGUGUCUUUGGUUUGGAUAAGAAGGGAUUUGUUUUUCCAAUUAGUUUGAGAAUUAAAUUACAACUUUUAGAAAAUGAUUUCGGUGUUUGUGCUCUCAUUUAGAAAAAAUAAUAAAUUUUUUCUUACAUAUUUUUUGAAGAUGAAGGAACAAUCACUGAUUUUUCAAAGAAAAUUUUUUUGGACAUAUUUUAAACUCUUGGCUUUAAAGCAAAAAAAAAUAUAGCAAAUAAGAUAGAUCAAAAUCCAAAUUUAGUAGAAAUCUACGAACCUCAAAUUUAAAAUAAUAGCUUAAAUUAAAAAACUUUUCAAGAUAUAAAUUUAUUCAAAAACACUGAAAAUUAAUCUCCAAAAACUUAUCGAGCAAGCUCAGAAUUAAAAUUUUUAAGUUCAAAAGGAAUUCUUGAUAAAUAAAGCAUUGAAAUAUAAUUUUAAAACUAUUCAAGAAGAAUACCAACAAACCCAUUUGAAUAACCAGAAAUAAUUUUUUCUCCAACAAUUCUUAGUAAUGAAAGACAACAGGUUCUUAUAAACUAAACAAAUGAGUAAAAAGAUUUUGUUUUUUUCCCAACUUAAAAUAUUUAAUCACUAAAUCAGAAUCUAUAAGAAAUUUCAUUUAAUAAUGCAUCUUAAUAAUACUUUAACAAAUUUAUCAUAAAAAAUAACUCAAACAUAAUUUAAAAUAAAAACAUUGAUCUUCAAUUUUUAGAAGAAUAAAGUCUGAGUUAUGAGUUGUAAAAUCUAAAUAGAGAAAAAAGAAAAAAAUAUUUUCAAGAAUAAGAAGAAAUAAAGCAAGAGUUAAAAAACGAAAUUGCUAGUGUCAACUCUAGUAAGUACAGCACUGAGGAAAUAUUGAAAAAGAAAAUGAUAUAAAGAAUUAAAAAAGCAAAAUUUACCAAUGGAUUGUAAUUAAUAACUUUCACAGGAGUUGGAGCUUUUGCUAUUCUCAGUAUUGUAUCUUUAAUCAUUUACAUUCAGAAUUUAAAAAGCUUAGAUUCAUUUGUCCAGUCUUUUUUGAAAAUUGAUGGUGCUAUAUUUUGCUUUAUAGAUGUUAUGAAUCUUGUCGGACUUAACAACUAUUAAAGUGUUCUAGGUUAUAGUCAAUCCUUAAUUAUAGACAGUUUAGAUCUUUAAAAUUAUGAAUAUAAUCAAACUGAUUUUUAGCAGUAAAGAACAUUAUAAGAUUAUAAUCUAAACUUACAAAAGCUUGUUUUAAAUAAUGACAGUGGAGAUUAGCUGGAUGAAUUGCAAAAAAAUAUGUUUUAAGUUUAAAUUUACGCAGCUGGGUUUUAUAACAAUGCUCGGGCUCAAUAAAAUUCCACUACUACUUUUGAAUAAAGUUUAUAAUACACCCUAAUGGAGUUUUUCUAUGAAAUUGUAUUUUAUUAUAUCAAUUAUGAGGAAUAGUAAGAAGAUUUUAUCUGGGGAAACAUCUACAACUUCAAAUAAAGAAUGAAAAAUUUACAACAAAUUGUUGAAAAUUAUGCUCAAGAAGAAUUCAAUAACAUGAAUUUGUAUUAAACAUUUGCAAUCGCCUUAUUUGCAACCAUAAGCGCUGUACUUGUUUUUUCAAUUUUACCUCUAAAUAUUUUGAUUCAAUCUGAAAAGGAAAAGAUUUUAAAACUUUUUGGCACAUUUUCUCCAUCUACUAUGGAGUCUUAAAUCGAAUAAAUUGAACUUGGUCUUUAUAAAAUAGAAUAAUUCAAUGCCUUAGAAUAAACUAAUAAUAAUAAUUCAUUUAAACAAGCUUAAAAUUAGUAAAAGCAAAUACAAUAAAUUAAAAAUCUUAACUUAAAUUAAAAUUUCCUAAGUGAAUAAGCUUAAAAAUAUGAAAACAGUUAAAACAAUUAUGUUCCUAAAUAUAUUCAAAGAUAGUUAGACAGACGCAGCAGGUAAAUAGCAUCUUUUAGUAGUAUAAAAAAAUUUAACUUAGCAUUGUUUUUAUUUGGGAUAGUUGCUGUAGUGCUACUUUUAGUGAUGCCUAUUUUAAAUUUUGUUGUAUUUAAUCCUUUUGAAGCUGAAUCCAAAGUCACUUUAAAAGAUAGAAUUUCCUUGAUCGAUGUUUAUUCAUUAACUAUUGAAAACUUUUGCACUCAUAUGGAAUAAAUAUAUCUAAUCUUUAUAGGCACGCCUCCCUCAACUUCUUAUUAUCAAACCUACUUACAAAAUCUCUAAAAUAAUAAUCAACAAUCAUUUUAAAACCUUUAAGACUUAACUAUUGAUUUAGAUAUAAAAAGAAAUAAUUAAGGUUUAUAUGUGGAUUUUUAUUAAAAUCUGUUAAAUUCAAAUGUGUGCCAAGUGAGAUAAAAUUACCCUUAAUAUUUUAACUCCAAUAUAACCGAAACCGAUUGCAACAAUAUAUUUAAUGGUAUAUUAUAAAGGGGAUUAAUCUUUUCAGUUUAAAAGGUGUUUUAAACAUUUUAAGAAUUGUAUCAGAUUUAUUAAAUUUAAGAUAUCAAUGAAGUUACUAAUUAAUUGAUUUACUUUCAAACUUAGUAUUCAUUAAUUCAAUUGAAAUAGCUGAUUCAGAUAAUCUCAGAAGCGGUUAAUGGAAUUAGAUAGUACUAGAAUGAUUAGCUGUAGUCAUAUGAAAAUCAAGUGAAAUAAAAUUUGCUGAUGGGUAUACCUCUUUUACUGGUUCAAAGGUUAACUUCGAAACGUAACAAAAAUUUUUAAAUUGUUCCACAUAAAUCUUCUGUAUGA